AUGUUGCGGCUCUCCACGGCGUUCCCGGGCACGUUCACGGCGCUGUGGUUGAUUGCCUUCACACCCAAGUUCGCCUUGGCAAAACGAGUCCAUGAGCAAUGGACACCGGGAAAGAAGUGGUACGUCAACGAGUCAGAAGUGACCAAGGAGAAGCUUUUUGAAGACCUGGGUUGCUAUUGCAAGAAGGAAGGGCAAGCGCUUCUACCAGCCGGAACGCAGCCGAUGGUUCCACGGUGA